GGGGGGUCUAGUCACUCCAGACAGGAGGCACUGGCAGGACUCGGCUUAGUUAGAAGACACUCGAAGUCAAACAUACCCGCCUGUGAAAGCCGCUACGCUUCACCAACUAUUCUCGUGGUUGUUUAUUUAGACCACGGCAGCCAUUCGGGUCCUCCAGUCGCCGUCGCUGUCGAGGGCAUUGGUGUAGCGCCGCUGGAGUGCUGGGGACGGACCAUUGCGAUGAGGAACAUGCACUGACCGGAUUUGAAGUUUACUCCUGUCUGCAUCGACGCGUUGGUAUUCUUUUAAAUAGGUUGAAAAUGCCCGUGAAAACCAAAUACAACCUGGUGGAUGACGGACAUGAUUUGAGGAUCCCGCUCCACAACGAGGAAGCGUUCCAACAUGGAAUCAACUUCGAGGCAAAGUACAUCGGCAGUCUGGAUGUGACACGACCGAGCAGUCGAGUGGAGAUCGUGGCUGCAAUGAGAAGAAUAAGGUAUGAGUUCAAGGUGAAAAACAUAAGAAAGAAAAAGGUCAGCAUCAUGGUGUCUGUUGAGGGCGUAAAAGUCUCCUUAAGAAAAAAGAAAAAAAAGAAGGAAUGGAUGUGGAACGAAAAUAAAAUGAUGGUGAUGCAGGACCCCAUUUACAGAAUAUUCUAUGUGUCUCAUGACUCACAAGAUUUAAAGAUCUUCAGUUACAUUGCACGAGAUGGGCACAGCAAUGUCUUCCGGUGUAACGUUUUCAAGUCCAAAAAGAAGAGUCAGGCCAUGCGCAUUGUCCGCACUGUUGGUCAAGCAUUUGAGGUCUGUCACAAACUGAGUCUGAAGAAUGCACACCAGAACACAGAUGGACAGGUGGACUGCCACAGUGAAAAGAAUGACAACAACUCCUCCAUUACAGGAGUGCGUGCUCAUCCACCUGUAUGCAUGUGUCUUUUAGUUGGCUCAGGUGGAGAGCUAACAGGAGCAGCAGAGAAUGCUACAACUGCUGCAGAGGAGACAGACAUCGAUGCUGAUGAAACAAAUCAGCUGCCGGUUGCUGACGAGCUAAACAUUAAUAGAGGGGUGACAGAUCUGGAUGCCACAACCAAGACAUCAGACCUCAACCACUCAGAAAACAUGAUUUCAGAGGAAGCGUCCUUGCUGAUGUCCAGCCCCAGAUUGCUGCUCCCUGCAUCAAGUGUGCUUUCACCUGGCACUCCCUUGUCUGUUCACCAUCAGAUCCAGCUGCUCCAACAACAGCUUCAGCAACAGCAGCAGCAAACACAAGUCGCUGUGGCACAGGUUCACCUCUUGAAAGACCAGCUGAGUGCAGAGGCCACAGCCCGACUCGAGGCGCAGGCUCGAGUUCACCAGCUACUGCUGCAAAACAAAGACCUACUGCAGCAUAUAUCGCUCCUGGUUAAACAGAUCCAGGAACUGGAGACCAAGAUCACUGGACCUAACUCCAUGGGAUCCCAGGACAGUUUGUUGGAGAUCACCUUCCGAUCCACAGUGCCCCCAGUAAUCUGUGACCCGAUUACGCCUAAACCGGAAGUGUCUGCCCUGAACCUACCCCAGCUUUGCACCACUGACAGGGCCAUUAAUGCAUUUGCAUCUUCCAACGGGAGUCUGGGAAGCCCACUAGUUGAUCAAAGCAUGUUUGAGAAUUCUGUUGCCCAGCAACAGAGUCCCCAGACCUCUAGGCAAGGCCAGCCCUCGACCAAACGAACCCCAGCAUCCCCUAACUCUAACCUGGGUGUUGGUUCCUCGGAUUCUCCUUCCUCUGGGGGCCAACAGAGACUGAAAAAUGCGAUUAAUCUGGGCAAGGCUGUCGGGGCAAAGAUGAAUGACCUGUUGAGGAGAAAGGAAUCGAGCCAUGUUGGGGACAUUGGGGUCACCGAGGUCAACAAGAACGCUGGUGCUGUGUGGAGUUGCAUGGACCAACUCAACCAAAAUUCUGCAAACAGUCACUUUUCCUUUGACUCCAUCCCUCGGCUGGACCCACCACCCCCAUCGGGAAAGAAGCGCCUUCCUCGGGCAUUAAAGACCACCCAGGAUAUGAUGAUCUCCUCUGACCCAGUGGUCUCUUCUCUGGAUGCUGCAGAUUUGUCCUCUUCAAUCUCCUCCCCCAAUAAGACACCCCUUAUCACCAAGGAGGAGCCUCGAAGCACAGAGGAUGUGCAGAAGAGUGAGCUUGACGACGGGUCAACAGAUAUCCACUCUGCUGUUCAACAAGCUGAUAAAACAUCUGCAGUUGAAGAGACAGAGAUAUUGGAAAGCAAUGGAAAGGUGGAUGCUGUGAUAUCUGAAGAAGAAUCAAGUGGAGGAUAUGCAGAGGAACACCAGCUCCAUAUAUCUGUACCAGACCUCAUCAACAAAGAUCCUCCAUUAGUGGAGCCCAGAGCUAAAACCGGCGAUGUCUGGCAGAAGCCACCAGAUCUGGACUCCAGGCUGGCCUCCACCCCAUGCUCUGGGAAAACUCACUGCCGCAUCAGCCUGAGCGAGGAGGUCUUGAUGGCAAACAGCAAGAAAGACAACGAAGUGAGUCUCGAGGACACAGAGCCACACCCGGAUCUGCUGUCCUUUGAUUAAGUCCAAGAUACCAUUGCAGUAUGAUCGUCAUUGGUCUUCAUUUUCACUCAGUGACCAAGGACACACAAACCAAUUAAAAUGCACUCCAAGCAAACGAUUUUAGAAGAUGGGCCAUCCUGCUCCAGGGUUAUUUGGAAAAGGGAACAAGUGAGUUGAGAAACCAUAAGAGACCAAAUGUGUUUUUCAUGUGCUUUUGUAACAUUUACUAGCCAUUUAGAGUCAAAGUACAGCUUUCCAGGGCUGUUCGUUUUCUGGAAAACAUCGUCCAUGUGAAAGAAUAUAAAACAAAAAGUUGUGAAGGUGAAAAACUGUAUGUUUGAAAAUGAUGAAUGACUGCAUUUUAACCACUUUUGUUUUUACUGACAUAUCUGAUUCAGUAAUGAAGUAAUGUAAUGCAACACUGAAUAAUACAAAUUUAAUGAAAAAACACCAUUAGGUGAGAGUUUUAGGAAAAGUUUUAGGAAACUAGUCCCCUCUUAUUUGUUUCCUUUUUUUUUUUUUGAUUACACACAAAACAAUGAUAACAAACAAAUUAAUAGGCAACUAACUAACAUUCAAAAGUAUUUGUAGUGUAUGAUUGGAUUCAACAAAGUAGUACUAAAAUAUAAUGGAGAUGUUUCAUUGAGGAGAAUUCCAGAACUGGCUUCACUAAAAUUAGUUUGCCAUGCAAAAACUAGUUCAUAGCUGAAUGGACUAAUGGAUAAACGAAUGUAUAGAAAGUGAUUUUAUGAAAAUGGUGUUUUAAGGAGAAAAUGGCAGACCAAAGACAUGAUUGCCUUAAUUUGUGUUUGUCAUAUUAUUUUCUACAUGUUGUCUGAGUGUAAUUAAUAGAAGAGAAGUAAUAAUUAAUGCUAGAGACUUUCUCAAUCCUGAUUUUAUUCAGCUUGUUUGCAGCCAUUUUGUUCUUUCUAUCGCCACCAAGGGAUUUGUCAAGUUUUUUGUUCCGUUCAAGCUUUCACAGUUGAGUUCACUUCAGAACAUUUCUUUACUCCCUCAAUGAAUGUCUUAUAUUGAUUUUCUGACAGUGUUAUUAUCUGUGGAUGAUAUUUCUCUGGGAUGUUCUCAAUGUAUAAUGGUGGAACUGGAGAAAUAUACAUACAGUAUAUAUGUAGGGAUUUACAUAUUUUUACUAUGUACUGUUAUAAAAGAGGACCAAAGCACACUACAUGUUUCCAUUUAGCUUGCAUACUAUUUUUAUAUUUCACCUCUUGUUGUACAUCUUUGGCCCUGGAAAAGUCUCAAACACAGGUCUCAAACUCAAUGCACGGGGGCCAGGUUUGGCCCCCCACAUCAGUUUAUGUGGACUGCUAACGCAAUCCAUGUUUCUUACUGAAAUCUCUCCCACAAUUUCAAAUUUGUCUUAUGUAACAAAUAGGGUUGGGAACCAUAAACCGAUGCGACGGGAUAUCCGUUCGUAAAGGCGAGAGAUACGACUUUGGAUACAAAAUCCACCAGGAAUCCUUCAAUACAUCAAUUGUAGGGCUGUGGACCGGAUAUCACAAGGAUAGGAAUCGGUGGCGUGAGGCUUUAUCGUUUUCAUCUUGUAGAAAAGUGCGAGGUCUCACCUUGUGUUCCGCAGGUAACGGUUUACAACCAAAUACAGUGGUGGAUACUGGCGACACUACGUGUUUAACGACAUUUCUCCGUAGCGUCACUAUUUCAACAUCAAAUAACUUUGAAGUAGUUGAAGCUAGGCCGGCACGGUGACCGACUGAUUAGCACAUCUGCCUCACAGGUCUGGGGACAGGGGUUCAAAUCCCGGCCUCGCCGUGUGCAGUUUGCAUGUUCUCCCCGUGCCUGGGUGGGAUUUCUCCGGGAACUCCGGUUUCCUCCCACAUCCCAAAAACAUGCGUGGUAGGUUGAUUGAGGACUCUAAAUUGCCCGUAGAAGUGAAUGUGUGUGCGAAUGGUUAUUUGUUUCUAUGUGCCCUGCGAUUGGUUGGCGACCGGUUCAGGGUGUACCCCGCCUCCCGCCCGAAGAUAGCUGGGAUAGGCUCCAGCAGCCCACGACCCUAGUGAGGAGAAGCGGUAAAGAAAGUGGAUGGAUGGAUAGUUGAAGCUUCUUUCGUGGUCGAUAGAUAAGUAACGUUCCGCCAGUAGUUGUAAACAGUGAAUGCAACGUCAGGUUACGUACCUUAUCUCAAGUCCGCUGAAAAUGCGAUUGUAAACAUGCAGACAAUAUGGCAAAGGUUGGUACGUCUCGGCCAUUUUUUUGGGCCGUAAUUUGGCAAACUAAUGCUUCUUCUGGAGUCCUCGCAGUCCACUUAUACGUUCGUGUUGGUACUGUGCCACCCUAAAAAGAAACUUCCGAGAGGACACACAGCCAGGUAUGUCCCGAAGCUGACGCAAAAAUCGCCAGUUGAAGUACGCUAGUCAUCACGACUUAAACGAUAAAAAAGUCAGUCAGCUCUCAGCAAGCACCAAAAAAAAAAGCAGUGCGUGUGUGCAGUGACGGUCCGAGCUUGAAUGGCACAGUUUGCGAGACUCCCCAUGGCUAUUUAAAUAUUGUUUGUGCAGUUUGUGAAGAGAAAAAUAUUCGAAAAGAAUUUUUGUAUUGUUGUUUUCUAUUUAAAUAAUUACUUUUUUUUUUUUUAAAGUUUUUUUUACAGUGCCAUAAAGCAACAAUGCUUAGGGUUAAGUGGUCUUUUUUUUUUUUUUUAAAUACGGUUAGACAAAUGUCAUUUUCAAAUGUUAUCACAUUUUUUCUGCACUGAAACGAAUCGAGGAUCUUUUCGCUCCCUUACUGAAUCGAAUCGUUCCGCCCGUAAAGAUAUCGUUAUUGAAUCGAAUCGCUACUUGUGUAUCUAGAUCUCUAUCGAAUUGCCCUCAUGCCAGAGAUUCCCAACCCUCCUAACAAAUACUAACACUGAGAUAUUACAAAAAAUUUUCUUCCGAAGCCCCUUUCUGUAACUCGAUGAAUAGUUCAACUUCUGCUGAUUUCAAAACUAGUUAGUUAGGCUCCAGCACGCCCGCGACCCUAGUGAGGUUAAGUGGUACAGAAGAUGGACGGUUGGAUGGUUUCACAGUCAUAACGGCCGUUGAUACCGUAACUAUAGUGGGGCCCGCGACAAAAAUGAAUUUGGCACCACUGAUCUAAACAGUUAGCAGGAGCCCAAUAAUGAGCUGUAUCUGUGCAUUAAUGUAGAUGAUGCCUUUGGGAGACACAAAUUUGAGCUGUAAACAGUGCACACAGAUUCCAAACCCCUGUAAAUGACAAAGUGAGGUGCUGAACUGGCCUCUCAAAAUAACCAGUGGUCCUUAAAGGGACUUUUUGACCUCUUAAACUACCAAAGAUUCCUGAAAGACGCAGAGCCAACUGUCGUUAGGGUAGUGGCCGGCUCAAUAAAAGGAAUGCAGAGCUGGACUCCGUUCGAGAAAAGGCACUAUUUUUCAAUUUAUACUCUCUCUAUUUCUAUCUUCUGUCUUUGUCAUGCAAGCUGCCCUGUCCCGAAAAGUCUUUAACUUUAUACCCCAUAUGGCUCAUUCACAUAAGCACUCACAGUUCAAGAGUUGUAACUCAGCUGACGUUCCAGUCUGUUUUAUGGCCACACUCACAAACCUUUCUAGUAGCUGGCCUUGCUUAAAAACCUAUCUCUCCCUGCAAAUUGUGA